AUGUUAGACAGAUUGUUUACUCCAGUGAAGAUCAACAAGUGCAUCGUACCAAACAGGUUCAUGAAAUCACCAACCUAUAUGCAUGAUUGCGAUGCAAAUGGUUUUGCAAUUCCAAAAUAUCAAAAAUUUUAUAGAGAUCUUGCAGAUGGUAAGAUGGGACUUAUCACACUUGGAUAUUUUGCUACACAUUUGAAAACAGCUGCUCUUCCUGAUCAAGCUUGUUUGCUUACAGACGCCCAUGCAGAAGGAUGGCGUGAAACUAUUGACUACAUCCACUCAAAGGGUUCAAAGACAAUAAUGCAAAUUGCAGAUUGCCGUAAUAUCAAGAAAGAUGGCAAAUUUAUGACAACUUCAGAAAUUUCUGAAUCAAUUGAGCUUUUCGUCAAUGCUGCUAAGAGAGCCCAAAAUGUUGGUGCUGACGGUAUCGAAUUCCACGCAGCUCACGGAUAUUUACUUUCUCAAUUCCUUUCACCAGUUACAAAUACAAGAGAUGACCAUUAUGGUGGAAGCCUUAAGAACAGAAUUCGCAUACUUCAAGAAUGCGUUGAAGCAAUUCGCCGUGAAUGUGGCAAAGAUUUCAUUAUCGCAGCCAAAAUGAAUACCGAUGACAGCGUUAAAGGAGGCAAUAAACCAGAAGAUGCAGCAAAGAUAAGUGGAUUAAUUAAAGAUGUUGAUCUUUGGGAAUACUCUUACGGACUCUUUGUUGCAAAGGAUUUAAUUGAUCCAUCAAAGUUUAUUGAUCUUAAGAAUGGAUGGAAUGUCCAAGCCUUGCCAAUAUUAAGAAAGGGAACUGAUGCCAAGAUUUCUAUUGUAGACAGAAUCAGAACCAAGUCUAAGAUGGCAAAGGCAAUCGAGCAAGGCGCUGACCUUAUUUCAUUUGGUCGUCCAACAAUUGCUGAUCCAUUUAUGGUUCAACAUUUGAUGGAAGGAAAGCCAAUUAAGUGCAUUACAUGCAAUAAGUGUAUGGACCACCUCCUUGUACAACCAAUCAAAUGCUAUGCAUUUUAA